UAUAGGUAGCUCACGACGUUUAAAUUCUAGAUUUUUAUGUCGCGUGACUUCAAAAUAUCUGUCACCUCGCCAAAUAAAGUAAGUCACAUCAUGGAGACGGAGAUACACGUGCCUGUUGGGUCGCCGAUAAUCAAAAAAUUCCCAAUUUUUGUAGACGAGCAUAAUGUAACAGAAGGGGCCAUGAAAUUGAUAAAGGAGCUGCGUCCUGCCUGGAAUAUAGAUCUUGUCAAAACUAAGCUUUUUACAGAUGGCACCACCAACAAAUUGGUGGGGUGUUACACAGAAGAGGAUCCAGAGGACGUGGUGCUGGUGAGGGUGUAUGGUAAUAAGACGGAGCUGAUCGUCGACCGCGACAACGAGCUGAAGAGCUUCCAGGUGCUGCAUGCCAACGGCUGCGCGCCCCGCCUCUACUGUACCUUCCAGAACGGCAUCUGUUACGAGUUCAUGCAGGGCCAUGCCCUGGGCACCCAGGAUGUGCGGGACCCUGUGCUCCUCAGACUGAUUGCCAGAGAGAUGGCACGCAUUCAUGCCAUUCACGCUCACAAUGGCUGCAUCCCCAAACCCAACCUGUGGAUCAAAAUGCGCAAGUACUUCUCUCUCGUGGCCACCGAGUUCACCGACCAGGCCUCCAACACCAGAAUUCAGCAGGAAGUCCCCAGCCAGGAAGUGCUUGAACAGGAAAUGACAUGGAUGAAAGAACACCUGUCUCAGCUGGGAUCACCGGUGGUGCUUUGUCACAACGACCUGCUGUGUAAAAACAUCAUUCACAACAGCAAAGAAGGUCACGUUCGGUUCAUCGAUUACGAAUACUCCAGUUACAACUACCAGGCAUUUGACAUUGGAAACCACUUUAAUGAGUUUGCAGGCAUGAGCGAGCUGGAUUACGGCCUGUACCCGAGUCGGGAGAUGCAGUUGGAGUGGCUGCACACCUACCUGCAGGCCUAUAAGCUCUUCACUCAGAAGGGCGAGGACGUGAGCCAGCGUGAGCUGGAGACACUCUACGUGCAGGUCAACAAAUUCGCCCUGGCCUCCCAUUUCUUCUGGGGCUUCUGGGCUCUCAUCCAAGCCAAGUACUCCUCUAUUGACUUUGACUUCCUUGGGUAUGCCGUUCUGCGCUUCAAUCAGUACUUUAAAACGAAGCCUGCAGUCAUGGCGUUGAAGAUCCCUGAAUGAGAGUGAGAGUCGGAGGAGGAGCAGUGGUGGAAUCUGGUCUGAUGUCAUCACUGCCACCUUAACCCUGAGAGCAGAGGCACUUUUCAGCUCCAUAGGGCUG